AUGGAAUCUCUGGAUGACAGCGAGGAGCUCAGGCCAAUGCCCAUGCUCGACGCCGAAGUGCGUCUCACGAGAUUUUUGCAAUCUCAACACACUCACCUUCACUCCACCUCCGCUUCAUCACCGCUCCAUCAAUAUAUCCAUUGCCGCCUACACUUCGGCCAUGAGAAAAUCAUGGAUACGGUAGUGACCAAGAUGCUCCGUAGAACCCCAAUAUUCGUUCCUAAAUCGACUAAAAAAUCGACUAAAAAAUCGGCGUUGGAAUUAACUUCGCAAAUCUUUCCAGUACCAAAAAGUAGUGAGGCUACACUAGAGGGACUGGAAUGGCAGUCUAUGGCGAAUAGAGGACCUCCCCAGUUACUUGGGCGGACUGUGUGGGAAUUCAUGCAACAGGUCACUCAGCCAUGGUUGCGCCAAGGCCGACCAUGGCUAGGCCAGAUGUGGUUGCGCGCCCACAAACGAAAGCGAGUUAUCCUCCUCCUAACACACUGCUAUCACGAUGGCUGCCUCGCUGAAGAACUACGUGAGUAUGAUAACAUGUGGGAAUUUCACGAAAGCUGGUCCGGUUUGGACGGUGCACAACAACGGUUCUUGAGCCGAACCCCGCUCAGUCUAAUCCAUCAUCUUCUUGUAUGCCAAGGAAAGGCCAUCCUGAGUGAAAGAAGCGCUAAUCCAUUUCAUCGGAAUUUGACCGGGCUGACUUCUCUUGACUACUUGCUCCAAGCUUCGCCUCCACAUCCCAGAUCACCUGCCCUGGCGAGAUCUUUAUAA